GACGUCGCACGAGAUUUGUUCCAUCGAUGUAUAUCUUCUCCCUGUCAACCUCACUGGUGAUUUCAUGGCAUUCAGCGACGAUGUCUGGCAUAUGCUGAUUCACAACUGGAAGGUUAAUCCUGCUGGACUCGAACGUCCAAGAGUACGACUUUCUUGAUGAUGCUUUCUUUCCCUGUCAUGGUAUCCCUCUCUUCCGCCAGACUCGACAUCCUUUCCAAUGGUUUCCCGUAUUCCCUCAAUAACACCGAUCUCACCGGCAUACACGUCACGCCUGCCGACUCGGCUACUUCUCUGAUGCGAGCGAGACGAGCUUCGCUGAAUCGCCUGCAUCUCGGAUCAAAUUCGUCCCGAGGAGCCAAUACAAGUGGAUACUGGCCGUAUCACAGAAGUCGCGGUAUUUACUGGGGCAAGGAGAUCCAGAGUCUGAAGCGAGUAUCACCGUGGCGUUGGAUGGAAAAUCGCAUUCCUACACGAGGCCCCGCCAAAUUCAUUCGCCAACCACGAACACACACGCUGGGCAGAUUCCCGCCUCCCCGGGAAUCGUCUUUUUUGUUCGCAUCUUCUUCAAUUCUUUAUGGAUUCCUUAUGGUUGCGAGAUUCAGGUGGCACAAGGGUGUAUGUAUUGUGCUGCAGCAUCUCAACGGGCGUCGUCAAGCUUAUCACCGUGGGCCGGUUCUUUUCUGUUUCCGCCACUAUGUUACAAGAACAUGACUUGGGCCGGCACAAGAGCCUCCCAUAUACCGACACUAA